AUGAAUUCAGCAUUAUUUGUAGAUAAUGAAAUUUAUUUUAAUGAAAACGAUGAACCCUGUUUAAAGUGUGGAGACCUUUAUUCACAUGUAGAGUACAAUGAGGAAGGUAAUAGAUUUAACCGGUACGAUGAGUGCGUCGCUCUUAAGUGUUUGCAUGAUUCAGAAGAUAUCAAUGAUGAUUUUUUAAAUGAGAUUAGAUAUUAUCCAAUCGAACUUCAUGAUAAUGGAGUACUUCGAUGUUUUGGUAUCUCACAAAAUCCACAAUCUAAAGAAUAUAUUAUGGUUCUUGAAUUGAUGAUAGGAAAUCUGUGUGAUUGGUUAAAUUCCGAUAAAAACAAGCAUAAUUGGAAGGAAAUAAAGGAUGAAAUUAUAGAUCAAUUAAAAGUUUAUGAUGAUUAUUUAUCAAAACAAACUACUGAUAAACAAAAACUACAUCUGAGGAGCAAUUCACAAGCUAUAUAUACUAGCAGAAUCCUUGAUUUUACUAAACCUAUUAGCCUUAUGUCUUUAGAUGAUUUAGAUGAUCUAAAAAUUUAA